AUGAUGGAAAUUGUAGAAAGGCUAUGCAGAAGGAAAGAAGAGUUGCCAAAGCUCUUGGACAAUGAUACACACAGCAUUUUAGAAAUAAUAAGAGCGAGGCCGAAUAUUAUUGGGAGCAGCUUACCUGUGAAUGCUAUUGUAUUUGCAACUCAACAUUACAAAGGAUCAGGGGCGUCGUCACAACAAAUAGUCUUACUAACCGUGUAUUACAAUGCAUCAAAUUUUACUCUGGUAGAUAAACACAAAAUACAUCUGCAUUUAAGCUUCGACGAGUUUAUAAUCGCACACCGCAAUGGAGCACAAAAUUAUAGUUUCUCUUUAUUUUUAAGGGACAAUUUUAUUUCCCAAAGAUCUGCCAGCUUAUGCGCUCAACCGAGGCGUAAAAAUGUGAAGGUAGAUUAUGCUGCUUACCUGAUAGAACCAGAUAUUGACUUAAAUAUUGGCUUGCCGAUUUAUGAAUUUUUCAGCGUUUUGCUGCUAUCAGAUAACAAUACUAGUUUGAUUGUUAAGCAUGUAGUACAAGUUGAUAUGGAUUCAACGAUUGGCUCCUUAUGUAAAGAUAUUGUAUUUGCUGACAAUGGAUAUAAUAAAAAGAAUGCAUUAAUAGAAGCAAAUAAGCUUUUCAAUAAUAUGAUAAGAAAUUGACAUAAAAUGAAACACUUAAAUGAAAUUAAUGAAUUUCUGGCAAUCAUGGCACCUAAAGAGUAUAGCGCUUUCCCGAGGAUGGCGCGGAAUGGCGCCAUCCUCGGGAAAAGCCAGGAAGGCAUCCACACGGGAACUGGGAGUUCCACGUGUGGAUGCCAUUUUGGCAUGUGGAAGUUUGGAUCCCACAUGCCAAAAAUGGCAUCCACACGUGGAACUCCCAGUUCCCGUGUGGAUGCUUAGUUGACUUUCCCGAGGAUGGCGCGGAAUGGCGCCAUCCUCGGGAAAGCGCUAUAUCUAUAUGGCAAUUAUAGAAAUUUGUGGGAAGAAAUCUUUUAUUACCUAACCUGGAAAAAAGUAGACCCAAAUUCACAAAUUGAGAGCUUUGGGGAACAAACAUAUAAAGCUCUUGUUAGCUCAUUCGAUUGAGAAAAAAACGAACUGCUUAAGGAAUUUAAUCUGAUAAUACUGGACGAUUUAUUGACAACACUAUGCAGAGAAAUAGUUAUUUGGAUGGGAGAAUUAUAA